CGCAUUUUGGGAAGGGCAAGGACUAAUAGGCACCCUUUGAGGACCUUGUCGGCCACUUGCGUAGUCGGCCUCUACUGCUGAAGCGCAAUUACUCUCUCCACAAUCGACUGGCUCGAACAGACAGCUGCUUCUCUCUUUUUCAAGCAACCAUGACGCAGCAUCCAGGACGACUGCAGGGGCAGGUGGCCAUCGUGACGGGCGCCGGCCAGGGCUUCGGCCGGAGCAUCCUCGAGACGUUUGUCGGCCAGGGCGCAAAGGUGCUCAACAUGGACAUCAUCGCGCCGUCUGACGACUACCUCAGCGGCAUAAAGGGAGCCGUCGGAGAGAAGGCCGCCUACCAGAUCAAGGGCGACGUGACCAAGGCCGCAGACUGGGAGCGGGCCGUGUCGGCGUGCCGCGACAAGCUGGGCGGGGUGCCGAGCAUCGUCGUCAACAAUGCCGGCUGGACCUACUCGAACAAGGCGAGCCUGGACGUGAGCGAGGACGAGUUUGACCGCGUGUUUGCCAUCAAUGUCAAGAGUUUGUACGUGAGCGUCAAGGCGGUUGUGCCCGCGCUCAUCGAGGCCGGCAAGGGCGGCGCGUUUAUCCAGAUCUCCAGCACGGCCGCCCUCCGCCCGCGGCCCAAGCUGGUGUGGUACAAUGCGUCCAAGGGCGCCGUCUCGACGGCCUCCAAGGCGCUGGCGCUCGAGUACGCAGGUAACAAGAUCCGCUUCAACUGCCUCAAUCCCGUUGCGGGCAACACACCUCUCCUCUCCAAAUUUGCAGGCGCAAAGGAGAGUGGCGACCCCCUGACAGCGGAGCAGCUCAAACAGUUCAACGACAGCGUUCCCCUGGGUCGCCUCUCGGAGCCCAGAGACGUCGCCAAUGCUGCUCUCUUCCUCGCCGAUCCUGCUUCCGAAUUCAUCACGGGCAUCGACCUGCCAGUCGAUGGAGGCCGCUGUGUCUAGGAGGAAUCUAAAUCGUAUCUGAAUCCAGGUUCAGGACUGCGACGAUGUACCUAGGCUCGAAAACACAGUGGACAUUGAUUCAUUUCUUCUGUCUCCUGCUACUGC